UCUUCGUUCAAAAAGCCCAGACGCCGCGAUUCGCGCGCGUUUCGGUGUUUCACAAACGACGUCGCAUUGGUUGCUUCUCGAUCCCCCCGAACUCUGUUGAAAGUAGAUGUUGAUGGGGUUCUUGGGAGAAGAAAAGUGAAGAAAUGCAGAAGGCCAAUAAAGUUGCAGUAAUUUUGUUAAUAUUUUUCGCUGGAUUUUUCCUUCAUGCUAGAGGUGAAGAGGCUUUCGAUGUUCGGAAACAUCUAUCUACUGUAUCAAGAUAUGGUGUUGUGAAGGAUAUCUUAUCAGAAGACUCGAUUAUAGCUCCGGAAAUUCCCAAUGAAUGCACCCCUAUACACAUAAACCUCGUGGCGAGGCAUGGCACUCGUGCUCCAACAAAGAAAAAGAUAAUGGAGUUAGAUGGCUUAGCAGACCACUUAGAAGUCCUCGUGAAAAAUGCAAAAGAAAAAAGGAAAUCUUUAGAAAAAGUUCCUGGCUGGAUGCGUGUAUGGAAAUCUCCAUGGAAGGGAAAGCGUACAGGUGGAGAACUUAUCGCUGAAGGAGAAGAUGAACUAUACAAUCUUGGGGUAAGAAUCAGAGAGUAUCUUCCAGACCUCUUUAACGAGGAAUAUCAUCCUGAUGUUUAUACAAUCAAGGCGUCACAGGUACCUCGGGCAUCAGCUAGUGCUGUGGCCUUUGGCAUGGGUCUCUUUAGUUCAAGAGGCAAGCUUGGGCCAGGCAAAAAUCGAGCAUUUGCAGUUAUCAGUGAAAGCCGUGCGAGUGAUAUAAUUCUCAGAUUUCAUGAUUGUUGCCAAAGCUACAAGGGAUUCAGAAAAAGUCAACAACCCACUCUUGACAAGCUCAAGGAGCCUGUCUUGAAUGAAAUUACUCAGGAAUUUAUAAAAAAAUAUGGGCUUAAUUUUACUCGGCAAGAUAUAUCUUCCUUAUGGUUUCUAUGUAAGCAGGAAGCGUCCUUAUUAAACAUCACUGGUCAAGCUUGUAGUCUUUUCAGUCCAACUGAGGUUUCUCUCAUGGAGUGGACUGACGACUUGGAACUGUUCAUAAUUAAAGGCUAUGGUAAUUCAUUGAACUACAGAAUGGGAGUGCCAUUGCUUGAAGAUGUGGUUCAAUCUAUGGAACAAGCAAUCAAGGCUAAAGAAGAAGGACAUGCUCCUGGAAGUUAUGAAAAGGCAAGGCUACGUUUUGCUCAUGCAGAAACCUUGCUUCCCUUUUCAUGUUUGAUAGGACUAUUUCUUGAAGAAUCUGAAUUCGAACGAAUUCAAAGAGAAGAAGCAUUGCAACUUCCUGCUAAGCCUCCCCGGAAGAGAAACUGGCGGGGAAGUGUAGUCGCACCUUUUGCCGGAAAUAACAUGCUAGUACUGUAUAGCUGCUCCACACCACAGGAGUCGAACAAGUACUAUGUACAUGUGUUGCAUAAUGAACAUCCCAUUCCGAUGCCAGGCUGCAAUGGAUCAGCUUUUUGCCCUUUUGAAGUAUUUAAGAACCGAAUAGCUGCUUCUCACUUGAAACAUGACUACAACGCCCUUUGCAAUGCAAUCCCCAGCGCUGAGACCCAGACUGUGUGGUCAAGAGUUUUUGGAUGGCUUUUCUCAUCAAGUAACACUGCCACGCCAACCUCGAAGGUUGAACUAUAGAUUCUUUUUUGAAGCAUAGUGGCUGACCAGUAGCUGACCUGAUCCGAGGAAGUCUUAUUUUAACUGUUGGGUGAUCUUAUUUUGAAAGUGCAACUGUGGAGGAUUAGAAACAACUACUCUGUUAUGCUGGGAUACAUCAUCAUAUCAUAUUUUAUUUUAUGGUCAUAAUAACUUGUGCUGAAGCUUAAUGAAAUUAAAUUAUGAUCCUCCUUUUUAACUCUCUUGAGAUCCCUGUAGCGGUUGUAGAUCUUGCUCUCUUACGUCAUAACAUCAAUUUUAGUUGAUGUUGGGAAAAUGCAUGUGUUUUUGGUUCAGUUGCACAUGAUUAGUACGAAGACAUUUAUUAUAAAGAUAUAUAGAGUGAAUGACUAGUAAUAUCUUUUUUAUGAGUUAUCAUUAUUCCUUUCUCGUGAAAGAGACC